AUGGUGGUGGCCCCUUUGCUCGACUGGGUGAUUCGACCCAUCCCCAGGCUGUCCAGAACGAAUCCUCGCAAAUAUGCAUCAAGCAACAUAGUAUCGUACAAUAGACCUGUCCAGUCUCACUUGAGAUGUCAGAAUUACCGCGAAUGGAGCUCGACGUCAGCAUUGGGGGACACUGCAGCUGAUCUUGAGAAAACGCGAAACAUCGGUAUCAUUGCGCAUAUCGAUGCAGGAAAGACGACUACGACUGAGCGCAUGCUCUAUUAUAGCGGCUUUACGCGGCGAAUAGGCGAUGUAGAUGAGGGAUCUACAGUUACCGACUUUCUUCCUGCUGAACGAGCUCGCGGGAUUACGAUACAGUCUGCUGCUAUCACUUUCCAUUGGCCACCGCCCACCGCUCAAGAGGCCUCUAAGAGCCCCAGUGUGCAGGAGCUAGAUGCCCAAAAUUUACCAAGGUCCAGAGCUUCUCACACGGUCAAUCUAAUUGACACUCCGGGUCAUGCAGACUUUACGUUUGAGGUCCUGCGAUCCUUACGGAUCCUUGAUGGGGCCGUCACCAUCUUAGAUGGAGUGGCUGGUGUCGAAGCUCAGACGGAGAAAGUAUGGCACCAGGCUAGUGUAUAUCAAAUCCCCAGAAUUGUCUACGUCAACAAACUCGAUCGAGAUGGCGCUGCGUUCGGUAGAACAGUGCGCGAGGUAGGCUCCAGGCUGCAAGGCUGGCCCGCAGUCUGUCAGAUCCCGUGGUUCGAAGGCGGCAACGGGCGGUUUACUGGAAUUGCAGACGUUGUUACGCUCCAAGGACUGCUGUGGAAAGAAGGUGGUGAUGGAAAGUCUGUCAAGGUAUUCGAUUUAGCGAAUCUGGAGAAUGAAGACAAAAGUCUCGCCGAGGAGUUAAAGCGCGCUCGGAUAGCUCUAAUCGAAUUGCUCAGUGAACACGAUGAGGACAUGGUGGAGAAGUUCUUUGACUAUGAAGAAGAUCAUUUGGCAGUACCGCCCAUGGAUAUAAUUAGGAGUCUUCGGAAAUGUUUGCUCGGUUCUGCAGCUCAAAGGAUCAUACCGGUAUUCGCUGGUUCAAGUUUCCGCAACAUGGGUGUGCAGCCCUUGCUUGAUGCAGUCAACAACCUUCUUCCAGGACCGUCUGAAUCAUCUGAUCCAGAGAUUACUCUGGGCAAUACUAAAGGGAGACUAGGCAGUCUACUGAAUGGAGAGCUGAGUUUGCAACAAAGUCCGAAAGCAACUACUACUACUCCAAAGUCUACGCAAAAGAAGAAAUUGGCUGUUGUGCCUGCCUUGGUAGAGCCUCAAAAUUUGGCCGCUAGUCUGGAAAGCUGUGCAUUAGCUUUCAAGGUUGUCAGCGAUCCCAAGCGUGGAGUUCUCGUUUACGUCCGUGUUUAUUCUGGUUCUCUUAACAGAGGUUGUAAUCUAUACAACACGAAUCUUCAUGUUACAGAACGAGUACCUCGCCUCUUCAAGAUGUACGCCAAUGACGCCGUGGAAGUUGAAUCUAUACAUGCGGGUCAUAUUGGAGUCGUGGUUGGGUUGAAAUAUGCUCGCACUGGAGAUACCUUAAUAACAACCAUGGGGAACAAGGCCACGCCUCCGGAGCCUCUGAAUACCUUACAGCUGCGUCCUAUCGACGUACCCCCGCCUGUGUUUUUCGCAAGUAUUGAACCACACAGUCUUAGUGAGGAGAAGAACAUGCAAGAUGCCCUGGCAUUGUUAUUGCGAGAAGACCCUAGCCUACAUGUGACAGUCGAUGAGGACUCUGGACAAACGCUUCUGAGCGGCAUGGGGGAACUGCAUUUGGAAAUUGCACGAGACCGAUUGGUCAAUGACUUCAAAGCUAAAGCUUCCAUGGGCCGGAUUGAGAUUGGCUAUCGAGAAUGCCCUCUGAGCCAGUCUAGUCCUGUGACCAAGAUUUUUGACAAAGAGAUUGCCGGGCGAAAAGGCAAGGCAGGAUGCACGGCGGUCGUGGAGCCAUUUGACCCAGAGCUAGAGGUCGCUGAGGGUGUCUCCGAGGCCCAAGACGUCAUUUUCGACGACACGAUAGAAGGAAAUAGGAUUAUUAUCUGCGCCCCGGGCAUCAACGUCGUGAGGGACAGGAAAGGGAAAGAGGAAAGUUCAGCCCUACCACCGCAGGUUGACGUGAACUCCUUCCGCACGUCACUAUUUAAUGGCGCUUUAUCGGCCCUUGCACGAGGCCCGCAGUUUACCUUCCCAAUGCACAGCACAAAAGUGACGCUAAUAUGCAAUGUUGCCGAGCAUCUAUUCGGCUCUGAAAGCAGCGCUUCGGCAUUGUCAGCAUCUGCGCGACUCGCAACGCAAGGUGCCUUACGAGGCUUAGUCGCAACUUCACAAAGCAACAACAAUAGUAGUACUGGCAGCGGUACCGCCGUGAUGGAGCCAGUCAUGAACGUGAUCAUAAGCGUUGACGAAGGUAGUCUUGGUGCUGUGGUGCACGAUAUCUCUUCAGCACGUGGUGGGCAUAUAGUGUCUCUCGACGAAGAAAUGCCAAUCACAGCCUCUAUCGGGAACCAAAAUAACAGUCCGGAGGCGGAUCAACCACCCAUCGACAUUAAUAAAAUAUACGCUCCACCUGACCCUUUCGAGACACCUAGUGUCGCUGGUGGUUUGCCCAUUCAGGCAUCUGCAAACCAGCCUCGAACGAUCACGGCAAAAGUACCUCUUAAAGAAAUGGUCGGAUAUUUGAAACAUUUGCGCAGUUUGAGUGCUGGAAGGGGCACUUUUGUGAUGAAUGUUGAUCGGUUUGAGAGAAUGUCUACACCGAGACAGAAAGCGGUUUUGUCAGAGCUGAAUAGGUAA